GAAGCCUCGGCCUGCCAUGGCCACAGUCCUGAACCCACCCCGGGUGCCCAAGCCCAAGAGCGCUCAGCCCUCACACUACCACGAGAGCUUCCUGGAGAAGAAGGGACCCCGAGACCGGGAUUACAAGAAGUUCUGGGCAGGUCUCCAGGGGCUCACCCUCUACUUCUACCACAGCAAUCGGGACUUCCAGCACGUGGAAAAGUUAGACCUAAGCACAUUCGUGAAGCUCACAGAUGAGGCUCCCUGGGGGAACCCCCAAGACUCUGGCAUCCAUUUCAGCGUCAUCCUCUGGAACCAGGAGGUCAAGUUCAAGGUUGAAAGUCUGGAGUCUCGCGAGAUGUGGAAAGGCUUCAUCCUGACGGUGGUCGAGCUCCGCGUGCCGUCCCACCUGACGCUGCUGCCUGGACACCUGUACAUGAUGGCCGAGGUCCUGUCCAAAGAGGAGGCUCGACGUGCCCUGGAGAUGCCCCCGUGCUUCCUGAAGGUGAGCCGCCUGGAGGCACAGCUGCUCCUGGAGCGCUACCCCGAGUGCGGGAACCUGCUGCUGCGGCCCUGCGGGGACGGCGCGGGCGGCGUCUCGGUCACCACGCGACAGAUGCUCAACGGGGCGCCCGUGGUCCGGCACUACAAGGUGAAGCUCGAGGGCCCCAAUUAUGUGAUUGACGUGGAGGAGCCGUUCUCCUGCCCCUCACUGGAUGCAGUGGUCAACUAUUUCGUGUGGAACACCAAAAGGGCGCUGGUGCCCUUCCUGUUGGACGAGGACUAUGAGAAGGUGCUAGGCUAUGUGGAGGCGAAUAAAGAGAAUGGCGAAAGUGUGUGGGUGGCACCCGUUGUCCCUGCGACCCCUAACCCAGGCCCUCCAACCCCUGCAGCUGGUCCCAGGCAGCUGCUUCCUGCAGCCACUGUGACAGGCCAGGACAACCUGCCACCUUUACCUCCCCUGCCCCCGCUACUGAGCCAGGAUGAGGAUGACAACUACGUGAUCCCCAUUGGAGAUGCCCCAGAUGUCAACUAUGAGAAUGGAGAUGUACUUUCCUUGAGUCAACUGGUCAUCACGAAACCCAAGAAAUUGGCAAAGGCUCAGGCAAAGCUUCCAAAGCCACCCAUUGUGCCCAAGCCAGAGCCCAGAGGUGACCAGGCCCGGAAGCAGGCCGUCAGCUCACCACAGGCUUUCUUGCCCACAACAAGGCUGGCAGAUGUGACAGCAGAGCUGGAAGAGAAGCUACAGAGGAGGCGGGCACUGGAGCACUUGUCUGGACAUGCUGGGGACCAAUGAGCCAGUCUCGGGGUACAGUUUGGCAGUCAAGACGGAUCCUUCAGAAUUAAAGCUCAAGUGACCCCAAGACCUACACAUUUGGCUUGGCUUCAGGGCUGAGGUUGUUAAGGGGUCUGUUGGAUGCCUGCCUAUAGCUGGUCCCCUGCACUUCCAAUGGUCCUCAGCUCCGCCGGCCUGCCACCUGACCCUGCAAGAAAAGCCCAUUUUACAGCCGGGAAAGUGGAGAUCCACAGAACGCCGGGACAUACCAUGUCCCAAAGAACCAGCAAUGAAGCCUGGCCAGUGUUUGACCUUUAUUAGGAGGCAAGGUGGGGAGGAGGACCCACCCAGGUGCCUGCUUCCUGCUGGUGACCACCCAUCAGGAAUUAAGGCUCCAAGCAGUGAGAAGAGGGUGUCAGGCUAAAACAGCCAAUGCCUGGUGGCGGCUCCCAAACCAGCCCUGCUGGGUGGGCAGUCCAGUGUCUAGGUGAGGCUAGUGUUGGAGCUGCUGGUGGCACUGCCCCGCUUCUGAAGGCAGCGCACAGAACUGGGGACCUGCAGGCCUGUUGUCACCUGGAAGCUGCCACACCACACCUGGGGACAGAAGGGGAGCAGGGAGACUCAGCACCAAAGCCAGCCCCAGUCCCACCACCACCCCACCCCGGGCCAUGGAGUGGGGUCUUACCGUAAAAGCAGGCAGCAGUGGCUGUGUAAACUUGGCCUUAAAGGUGUGCAGCAGCUGUUUUGUGCGGGCAUUGUAGAAGGACAAAAGACCUGGGGCAGAAGGCAGAUUGACCAGGGGAUAGUAAGAGGGAUGUGCGGGGCUUCCAUCAGUGCCACCACCACGACGGCCUGAGUUCGGUCCCCGGCCAGGAAGCUAAACACAUGGCGCAGCAGACCUCUCCUGUCUCCCCGCUGCUCCCCUCAGCAGUGUAUUUCAGUCAGUCUGCCUGUUCUGCUCCCCACUCUGUCUCUGGUGAAUCCUCUCACCCCCGACACCUCUGGCCUGUACCUAAGUUCUUGUAUGCAUAAAUAAAUUAAACUCUUACA